CGUUCAGUGUCCACUGUCCUCACAUUCUUCUGCCUGAGACGUGAUCACUAUGUCAGCCGUCUCUAGGCUGCAAUGACAGUUUCAUCCCCCGAGCAACAGCAAUCAGCGACCGAGCUCACCUCCAGCUGCCCGACCCCAAGCUGCCUGAGCCCAGCUGUGUCCGUCAUGAGCCCCUGAUACUGCAGCACUGGGACCUGUCAGCCAAUGACUCGCAGCUUUCCGGAUCUGUGACCCAGAGGAGGGGGGUUGAUUCCCCUGGGGUAGAUGUUUGCACCCCCAGUUAUAAAUGGUUUCGGCGGGGAUCUGGACUGUGGGAGAUGAGGGUCGGGGCUCCAGCUCAGCAGCAGCUCAGUGGUGCAUUGGUUCUAUAGGCAGAGCCUGGCAAGGGAGCCCAGGAGCAGCAGCUGAAAUGCUAUGGACAAGGUGGGCUUCUCUGCUCCUGUUUGUGGCUGUGAUGGGAGCUGUGCUGAUGCCUGUGAGAGCCUUGGGAGAUUCGACACAGCAACCGGACCAAAGUAUGGCUCCAACGGAAUCGCCCACAUGGACUUUACAAGGAACUAAGUCUUCCUUCACAGACAGUGGUGUUCUUGACACAGUAGGAAAAGUGCUGGAGAAUACCACCUUGUACAAUAUAUUUGUAUUGCUAUCCAGCAAGAAUACAAAGAACUAUAUCACCCCAGCUUCAGGUGUGCAGAAAAAUGUAUCUAUGCUAAUGGGGGAGUAUAACUCUUCUACUGAACUGUCAACAGCAUCUACAUCUCAAUUGUCUGAUCAAGAAGACACCAACUCAGUCCUUUCUACGGUACCUACUGGUGAAUCAUCAGCAGUUUCAUUAACAGAAAAUGGAACAUGGAAAUCGAGUUCUACAUCAACCAUUUCAACCAUGCAAAUGUCUUCAGUGCACGAAACUCACAAGGUCUCCACAAGCAAUAUGUUUAUCUCAACAACUUUGCAAUCGACUGCACGCUCAGAGACAACUACAACUACACCAACUACAACAGCGUUUCUUGGAACAUCCUCAACUGCACAAAAAAGCAUGCAUACUCCAACCUCUGUUUUUCUUCCGACCAAGAUAUUAAAUACAACCACUACACCCCUCAUAGCUACAACACAUACGUCUACUACUGUGAAGACUGUAACUCCAGCCACCAGUGUGACUAUAACUAAACCAGCAACGGUACCAACUGUUAAAACAGAAUUAACAUCUACAACAAUAACAACACAGUCAGUGACUCACAGUCCAUCACUAACGAUUACAACAUUGGAACCCAGCACAGUUGCAACAACUCCUUUAGCUUUGGAGUGCAAAUUGUCUCCUCAAACCAUGCUAAAAACAGUUCUUACUAUGCCACAAUGGCUGCCAGACAAGGACACGGAGAACGUUGUACAGAGUAUGAAGGAAGUCCUUAUGGAUACUCUAUAUCAAGCUUUAAAGCUGCCGAUUCAGGUUCUUGUAAACCAGGCUUCAAUAACAAUAGCCACAGAUCAGAAAUUCAAGAAUCUGACUGUCGGAUAUUUUGUUCUGGUGAAUAUUUCGGUUUAUAUCCCUUCCACUAUCACAGACAUUAUUGCGGCCAGUUCUAGUUACGUAGAUAACCUGAUGCGCCAGAUACCAAAACUUCUCUCGGUGCCCGUGCCCGCUGCACCAUGGGAUCCAGUGCCGGAUUACAUCUACAGGUUAAAGACAGUUGUGAAGUUAAUGGCGACAGCAGGGAACAUCCACACGUGCAGUUAUGCGCAGAGCAUGGAGCAGAGGCUGCGGGUUGCAUAUGACAAAGCAGAAGUGCAGACAACCAAUAGAAACAGCAACCUCACAGUACAGAUCUUAAGCACUUCCCAAACUGGGCAGCUUCUCACGUUGAUCUAUGUCGUGAAGAACAGCAGCUUCUUCUUGAAUGGGACAACGUCUAGCAGCCUCCUCAAUGCUCUCUCGGGAGAAGUGGUGGGCUAUUAUCUUGGGGACCCUCCUUCAAUCAUUGCAGAACCUUUGUAUUAUCCUAGCAUUGACACCUCGGAAUCCACCAUAGAUUACUGGGUGAAUACAGUCAUAGUCGGAGUGGCCAGUGAUUUCGUGGGAAUCAACAACCAGAGUUUUGCCAGGUUGAUGGAGGAACGAUUGGCCCAACUCUUUCAGAAUUCUGGCCAACAAAGCAGAAGAUUUAAGAGAGCAACCGCCGUUGGUAGCUACACUGUUCAGAUGGUGAAAAUGCAGCGCGUGGUUGGUUCUAACAACCCAGCGGAACUGACUUACUACGCUGAGUACAAUAAAAUUCCCAUAUUGGGGACUGUGGCAGCCAAGCAGCUCAGCACUAUUGAUCCACAAACCAUGGCCCUGACCCUGGGUUACAUCGUACGAGUGCAAGCAGACCCCGUUGUAAAAAAUCCCCCAAACAACCUGUGGAUUAUUGCGGCAGUGUUGGCCCCCAUCGCAGUCGUCACGGUGAUCAUCAUUAUAAUCACGGCAGUUCUGUGUCGGAAGAAUAAGAACGAUUUCAAAUCGGACAACAUGAGCAGCAACAUCCCCCCUCGCACUAAGCCAGUCCAAGGAUUUGACUAUGCCAAGCAGCAUCUGGGGCAACAAGGAGGGGACGAGGAGGCGCUGCCGGUCACCCAAGAGACUGCGGUGCCCUCACUCAACCUGUCGCAGGAAAGAGACAGCACUCAGGAUGGCAGCAUUGAGAAAAUGCCCAAGUCUUCAGAAACCAUGAAAAGCCGGUCGCCUUGUGAGAACGGCUCCGUCAUCAGCAACGAAUCGGAAGAGGCCAGCUCAGACAGGAGCACCCCGCAGAAAUCGUUGCCUCAGCUCCGAGUGACAAAAGAAGAGGUGUGCAAGCGGAACGUGCCUGUAAGUGAUGAAGAAGAGGAGAACAUGCACUUUGACAAGAACACCAAGAUGAUGGUUGAUCCGUUUGACUCAUCGUCCGGCUCAGUCCAACUCAUUUCACUCAAACCAGUGUCAAUCCCUCCUUCACACCUGGUGUCAGAAAGGAAUCAAGAAUUGGCUGCUAUCAAUGGGGAGGUCAACAAAGCUCUGAAACAGAAGUCGGACAUAGAACACUAUCGUAACAAACUGCGCCUCAAAGCCAAGCGAAAGGGCUACUAUGACUUCCCACCCAUUCUGGACAGCAAGUCCCUCACAGAGAGGAAGAAGAAAAUGUACGAGAAGACUCAGAUGGAGAUAGAUAAUGUGCUGGACGCGGAUACGGACACAUCAUCUCCAUUUGCCGAACCAAAAAACAGGCAACCGUCAAUAAAGAACCGCCCAUACCGAAGCAGACAGUCUCUAAACAGCCCGAGCCCCGGGGAAACCGAAAUGGACCUUCUUGUGACUCGUGAAAGGCCACGACGUGGGAUCCGCAACAGUGGCUAUGAUACGGAACCUGAAAUGAUUGAGGAGACAAAUAUCGACAGGGUCAAGCAAGCCAGAACUUUUAUCAAGUCCCAUCAGGCCAAAGGCCAUUCAGAAACGUCCACGUUGAGCUCCCAGCCAUCCAUCGAUGAAGUCAGGCAGCAGAUGCACAUGUUGUUGGAAGAAGCCUUUAGCUUGGCAUCUGCAGGCCACGGAGCUCCAAAGAGGCAACAAGAUCCUUAUGCGUCAGUACAGCACAUGCCGUAUUCUGAAGUGGUGACCAGUGCUCCUGGCACCAUGUCCAGGCCUCGGGUGCAGUGGGUGCCAACAUACGGACCUGAAAUGUAUCAGUAUAGCCUGCCCAGGCCGACUUACCGGUUCUCUCAACUUCCGGAAAUGGUUAUGGGUUCACCUCCACCUCCCAUUCCUCCCAGGACAGGUCCUGUUGCAGUCACUUCUUUACAGAGGUCUACGGCCGAUAAGGUGAACAAAAGUUCUCGAGCAGCGGAACCCAGUGGCAAUGAGCAGGGUCCAGGUGAGCAUGGGGGUUUUCCACCGGUUUCAAGGGCGCCGGUGACUGUGGCCCAAGCGGAUCAGUCAGUAUCAAAUUAUGCAGGUAACUCAGCACCAGCAGUAUUUGCUAUUCCUGGAAACAGAUCAGGAUAUUCCGGUUACUACAUUCCACAGCCUCCCUCUUCCUACAGAAAUCAAGCGUGGAUGUCUUAUUCAGGAGACAAUGAGCUACCGGGACAAUGGGCCGAUUCAGUUCCUCUCCCAGGAUACAUUGAAGCUUACCCAAGAUCUAGAUAUUCACAGAACUCUCCAUCCCGACUCCCCAGACAGUUCAACCAGUCAUUGAAUGUACAUACAAGCCUUGAGCACACCGUCGGACCAUCUAUCGGAGCCUCUCAGCAAAGCCUGGCAGACACAGACACCCCAGACACUUCCAUCACCAACCUUUCCACUGCAGCUCUGGUUAAAGCCAUACGGGAAGAAGUAGCCAAACUGGCAAAAAAACAAACGGACAUGUUCGAGUUCCAGGUGUAAGGAGGGCUACAUUGUAAUAGUGCCUAAAUGCUGGGCUUGAAGAUGGGACACUAUGGUAUUUGUAUUCUGUUUAUCCUAAAUAAUAGAAAAUAUUUAUGUAAAUUAAAGGGGACAUUAAGUGUCAUUAAAAUCAACCUUUUUUUCAAA